GGCUGACAGCCGGGUCCCAAGAGCGCAUGCGCAAGGAAGUGCUCAGGUAAGGCGGUACCUGGGACACAUGAAGAUCCCAGAAGCCGCCGGACCAAUCACAAAGCGCAGCGCUUCUCGCGCAUGCGCACUGGGCAUCCGGCUGUCCGACGAGCGCCCACACUACAGAAGCCGGGAAGACAGCGCGCGGCUGGAUAAAGGAACAGGUAAGAUAAAAAAAAACUCUGCGGAAGUAAGAGCGGGUACCUGUCAAAUUCAGGUACCCGCUCCCCCUCCCUCCCCAAAGGUCAGCAGUCAUCUGUAAGGUCCCGCUGCAGAGCUGA